CAAAGCCCAACUAGCAAUGAGUGGUAGGGCACUAGUCCUAAUCCUCUCUGUUCUACUGCAACUCCCUGAAAUCUGAGAAACCUCAAAUCUUUAUAUCAAACUUGACAGACAGUUGGAAGGAAAAGGGAGAAAGAGAAAACUGAGGGAAAUAAGGAAGAGAGCAUGGGUGAAAAUCCUACACACAACAAGAAAACUGGUCUGCCUAGGAAACGUUUUUAUCGAGCCCGUGCUCAUAGUAAUCCAUUAAGUGACUCACAUUUUCCAAUUCCUAUUUCCCCUUCUGAGGUUGAUUAUUGCCUACAUUACCCUGAACUGGUUAAGGUAGAUGCUUCAAAAAAGAUCCAGUUUGCUGAUGUUGGUUGUGGAUUUGGAGGCCUUUUAAUUGCCCUUGCACCCCUUUUCCCUGAUAACCUUAUGAUUGGGAUGGAGUUGCGAGACAAGGUGACAGAGUAUGUGAAGGAGCGAAUUUUAGGGUUGAGGACGACUAAUCCUGGUCAGUACCAGAAUAUUUCAGUGGUAAGGACCAAUUCAAUGAAGUACAUUCCAAAUUACUUUGGGAAAGGACAGCUUAAAAAGAUGUUUUUCUUGUUCCCGGAUCCCCAUUUCAAAGAAAAGAAUCAUCGUCGACGUGUUAUUAGUCCAUUCUUGCUGGACGAGUAUGCUUAUGUGCUUGCAGUCGGUGGAAUCAUAUACACAAUAACAGAUGUUGAGGAGCUUGGUGAGUGGAUGAAAUCAUGUUUGGAAGAACAUCCGAUGUUUGAGACACUUACAAAUGAAGAGCUUGAAGCUGAUCCGGUUGUAAAGCUCCUUACUUCUGCAACAGAAGAAGGACAAAAAGUAGCACGAAACGGUGGACAAACAUUCCAAGCCAUUUAUAGACGAAUUGCAACUCACUGAAUGUUAAAGAGUCUUCAUACCUGUUUCAUGGUAAGAGAUGAGAUACGCCUCUAUCUUCUGUUGUUGAAUCAGUAGAAAUGUGGUCUGCGCAACUAAUCAUAGAUACUUUGUGACAGAUUAUGGCGAUAACAACCAUACUUCCAUUAGUUUUGGUUAAUAUAAGUACCUUAUCUUUUAUGAUGGCAACUCGUUUUUUUAAGCCUGCUCUAGAAGAAUUGAUUACAAUUGACUCCAUAUCUAUGGAUAUGGUGUUCUGUUAGCUGCAGAAGAGUGGUUUGCUGUUAAUGCAUUGUCAUCAAGAAUUUUCAUAGGAUGAGAUUAUAUUUGAAUGAGCAGAGGAGAUUGUUGUAUUUUGACAAAAUAUUUAGCUUUACUAGGACAAGAAGCAUCUCUAUUGAGCUUCAAACUUCUUGUAUUCUGCUUAUAAUCAAGUCUUCCUGAUUGUUGAAAACUUAACGAUAUUCAUGGUGUUUCCAAUGGAUUGUGACAAAUGCCAUUCUCGUUUUAGUCA